AUUCAAUCACCACCGCACCGCCGCUCCCCACUCUCCAGCUUCUCAAUUCGUCUCUACUCUUGAAGCGCAUGCAGCCGAUCGACAGCCAUGAUCAUGGCGAAUGACAACUUGAUGAACAUAGUGUUCACCCCUAUCUCCCUCGUCACACUUCUCGGCUUCUUGAACCAUGUCUACCGAAUCUACACCAGAGUGGAGUCCAUCUGGAGGACAGUGUUCAAGGAGGAUGUUACCGGAAAAGUCGUUCUCAUAACCGGAGCAUCUUCCGGCAUCGGCGAGCAUCUGGCUUACGAGUACGCCAAGAGAGGAGCCUGCCUUGCUCUGGUUGCCCGAAGAGAGGAUCGCCUCCGCCACGUCGCCUCCAAAGCAGAGGAGAUGGGUAGCCCUUACGCUCUGGUCAUCCAGGGUGACGUCACCAACGCCGAAGACUGCCGCCGGUUUGUCAACACAGCUGCGACGGUAUUUGGCAGAUUGGAUCACCUGGUAACCAACGCCGGAGUUUGUCCAGUCAGCUUGUUCGAGGACAUCCCCGACGUCACCCAACUGGCCCCGUCAAUGGACAUAAACUUCUGGGGAUCGGUUUAUAGCUCCUACUUUGCAAUUCCACACCUGAGGGAGACCCACGGGAAGAUCGUAGUAAUAUCUUCGUGUGCGUCGUGGCUGCCUGCUCCGAGGAUGAGCUUCUACAAUGCAAGCAAAGCAGCGGUAGUUGCCAUGUACGAGACGCUGAGAGUGGAACUGGGAACCGAAAUCGGAAUCACAAUCGUCACCCCGGGGCUAAUCGAGUCGGAAAUGACAGGCGGCAAGUUCCUGAAUCAACAAGGCCGACUGGGAAUGGAUAAAGAAAUGAGAGAUGUUCAACUGAGCGUGAUGCCUCUGGAGUCCACCGCCGAAUGUGCAGAAUCAAUUGUUAAUAGCGCACUGCGGGGAGACAAGUACUUGACAGAGCCAGAAUGGUACCGGUCAAUAUUCUGGGUGAAGGCGUUUUGCCCUGAUGCCAUCGAGUGGAGCAACCGAUUCUUUUUGCUCCCGCCGCCUGGCCGCUCAGUCGAUGAUGCCCGCAGCAAGAAGAUUGCUGACAUCGCGAAUCGGUGCAAGGAAUCCAUCUUCUGGUUUCUGGAGAUUCUUCCAAGUUUAGCCACCGGAAGUUUCCUGCUUGACCAUAAUUAACAGUCUCCAAACAUUUCCCUUCCGACAGAAAGACAGAAAGAUCUACGGCUACUACUGGCCUAGUGUAGUUAGGGGCUUCAUUCUGUUGUAGAAUGUUACAUCAUUGCGUUCUCUUGUAUGAGUAAUUCACCUUUUCCAGCAAAUAAAUUAUAAGUUCUCUUUCUCCACCAACAGAUUCUGGGUCGGGUCAUGGAGAAAUGGUAAUGGUCUCAGAAGCAGUAUGAUGAGCCGCUGUUUGUUGAGAGGGAGAAGGAAACUUGUUGAGCCUUUCCAUAAGCAGCCAUGCAUCAGCAGGAGGGCUCCCUUGGUCUAAUUCGAGGGCAACUGGAACAGAGGAGGUUCCAUUCAUUUCUACAAGCAUUGUGCCCUAAAUCCAAAACAGACCCCACCAAUGUAAAGCAAAGCAAAUCAACUAAUGAAAGACCAAAAGAGAUUCUCAAUGAGCCAGCAAACGAGGAUCAUAAAAAGGGUUGAGAGCAAAACUACCUCAAAGUUGGCUAGAAAUACUUGGAAC